AUGCCUGUUGCACUAAUCUUAGAGUUUGGAGGUGUGGGUUAUUCAAUUCUCUUCAUAUUCCACAUUAGUUUAGGCACAAGCAUAGUGGUGAUCAAUGUAUCGGUCCUGCUUGCUCUGCUGAUCAGGAGAUUUUUCCUGAAGGAGAACAGGUUCUUGUUCAUGUUGAGUACCUGUGUGAGUGAUCUGGGAACAGGCAUUUCCUGGUACUAUUCUGGCCUUUUUGAUGCACUGGAUGCAUUUCCUCCAAGAAAUGGGACUUACUACGUUGCUCCCACCUUUAUGGGGCUUUCUUACCUGGUCACCUUGGCAGCGCAAGCUGACCGAUACCACGCUGUCGUUUCGCCCUUUCGAUAUGCCCUCAGAAUGACCCGUGCCAAAACUGGGAUUGUCAUCUUCUGUCUGUGGAUCUACGCCUAUGCAGUGGUUGCCACGCAGAACUUAGUCACCUCUGCAGUUGGCAUGAAAAUCAGUGGUAUCGGCUCACUGAUCUGCAACCUAAUAACGUACAUCAUCAUGGUAGGGCUGAACAUCAAGCUGUAUCUGAUUGCCAAGUACCAGCUGGAAAGAGAGCCACACUCAGCAGAGAGAGAGAACAAGAGAAGCUCACUCUACCUCAUUAUUGUCGUGGCAAGUUGCUUUCUCGCCUUCUGGUUGCCUAUCUUUCUGAACGUCAUCGCUUGCUCGUUUUCGCGACGUUUCUGCUUGAGAUUUAGAGCUGAUGGCUUAGACCCUUUGAAAAUUUUGCCGCGAUUAAAUGCGGUGGUCACGCCUGCUUUGUACAUCAGGGGUUGCGCCCCUUUGAGAAAGAUUAUGAUGACCAGAGUGUGGAAGUGCUGCCACAGAAUCAGUAGCCGAAUCAAUCCAGAUCCAGGUGAUCAAAUUGCAAACAGUGUGGAAUGUUGGCAGCAGAAUUUAUAGGAUGUGGAGUGAGAAAAGAAAUCACCUGAAAAAAUCUCACUUUCAAUUUAUUAUUCUUCAUUAAAUUAUGUUUAGAAGCAUGGAUACACUUCUUUCAGUUCUCACAUAGGUUCUUUGCAAAAGAUGCAAUCUCAUCUGACUUUACACAAAAGCAGUUAGUGGCUUUGAGUCUUGUUAUUGUAAAAGUA